AUCGAUCAGUCUUUAUUAGCCGGCCUCGCCUCACAAAUAAUAAUAUCCCAUCAAGCUUCGAAAACUUUGAUCAAGAGUACUGUCGAUCUCUAAUAAUAAUAGUGUACGUAAUAUGGACAGAAUAGAGCAAUCGAUGGAGAGAGAUCAUGACUUGACCGAUGAGAACCUAAACGACUUGGUGUCCGUUCAGAACCCAGCUAAGAGCCAUCAAGUUUAUCUUAGCCCUUCCCGUCUUUGGAAACUGUCCAAGGACCAUUACCAAUCUGGUCUUCUUAGAAAGGUAAUGGCUGAGAUCGUAGCGACGUUUUUGCUGGUGUUUAUGACGUGUGGUGCGGCUGCUAUUAGUGGAAGUGAUAAUCGGAGAGUGUCUCAGCUGGGAGCAUCGAUUGCCGGUGGCCUUAUUGUGACGGUGAUGAUAUAUUCUGUGGGCCACAUCUCUGGUGCACACAUGAAUCCUGCUGUCACUCUAGCUUUUGCCACUUUUCUACAUUUUCCAUGGAAACAGGUCCCAUUUUACGUUUUUGCUCAAUUUACAGGAGCUAUAUCAGCAGCAUUAACGUUGCGAGAACUUUUGUACCCAAUAGAUAAUAUUGGCACUACCACACCUUCUGGAACUGAUGCUCAAGCUUUAGGAAUGGAGAUUGUCGUAACAUUUUCAAUGAUGUUUGUCACCGCAGCUGUAGCAACUGAUGCCAAAGCUGUAGGAGAGCUUGCAGGGUUAGCAGUGGGUUCAGCAGUGUGCAUUACUUCAAUCUUAGCUGGACCAGUGUCAGGUGGAUCGAUGAACCCAGCAAGAACACUGGGCCCGGCGAUUGCGAGUGGGGAGUACAAAGGGUUGUGGGUGUACAUAGUGGGCCCAGUUAUGGGAACUUUGAUGGGCUCAUGGUUUUAUAAGCUUAUUCAGUUGAGCGAGCGCAAACCCAUUAUUUCCCCAUCUCUGUCUAUUAAAUUGCGUCGAAUGAUGAGCUCUGCAGAUAAUGGGCAGCUUGAAACCAAAGAUCGCGUCACUUCAGUAUGAAAUUAAUUAGGACUCCUUCUAUAAUAUGUUUUUGUAUACUUCUCCAUGUUGAAGCUUGAUUUAUCUAUAUCUAUCUAUAUAUAAAUUAUGGAAUGUUAUGUUCCAUGCUUAAGUUAUACUUACACACAUCAUAAACUUUGUAAAUUGGACUAAUUACAGGGUAACACAUUAUUAAUAG